GUCGAACAGCCGGAGACGACAGAGAGAUUUGUGGGGAAAGACACUCAUACAUACUCCGGGUUAAGAGGUGGUCUGCGGUCAGGCCGUCCCGGAGUUAGUGCAUUAAUAUGCCAACAGGACGUUGGGCCGAGCGGCAGCUCGAAGCGGCGGGCAAAAACUCCCUCCGUCACAUCCCACCAAAGAACCUCCAUCCCUUCUCAACUUUUAGCGCUACCCCUCAACCACCGAUCCCUUUUCACCCCCUCAAAAGAAGAAAAAGAAUUUCUAUCCAAGGAAGCUGUCUAUUCUUCAGUCGUCCACACUAUCUGCGGAGAGGAGCUAUCUAUAACAUAUAUCGCAAAAAAAGAAAAUGCCAUCCACGUCUGUGGCUUUGACGCCGGGGUUGGCGUCCUUUCUCAAGUCUUUGAAGACCAAUCCAAUUGACACAUCCAUUGACAAUCUGAUCUCACUUCUUAAGCGGAGACAGAUUCGUCAUUCCCGAUCAUGCGCGACUGCGACCGCUUACCUUCUCCUUCGUGUUAUUUCGGCUUGUCGGACGACAGACGCUGCUAAGCUUAUUGAGCGGGUUCAGAGUGUGGGAAGGCGACUGGUGGCUGCGCAACCAAGAGAGAUGGUGGUCGGUAACAUCGUCAGGCGCGUAUUGGGUCUUAUUCGAGACGAAGCCGAAGAUGACAGAGAGGCCGACUUCAACUUGAGUGAAGCAGGCUCUGAAAGCCAGCCGCAAACCCCGCGUGCUUUGGAUGAUCCCUCGGAGUCUUUAUCUGGGCGUUACGAAGGUUCCGAUCGAUCGUCCUCUAGACCACCUCUAUCCCAGCCCGCCCCGAUUUCCAUGUUCAGUCUACUUUCACACCCGGAACCCGAAACAUCGCUUCCCGGUACUCCUAUAUCAGCCUCUCCUUCUGGGAGAUUGUUGGGGCACGCACCAAGCAAGGAUAUCCGUGCCGAGGUUCUCGAAGGUGUAAAUGAGAUCAUCGAUGAGUUGGGUCAAGUAGAUGACCAGAUCGCCGCCUACGCCCUCGACCAUAUCCACUCCAAUGAGAUCAUCCUCACCCAUACCUCGUCGACCACCGUUCAGAAGUUUUUGCUAAAAGCUGCCGCCAAGCGAAAGUUCACCGUGAUCCACGCCGAAUCCUACCCCAAUAACCAUGAAGCCACCCAUGCCACCGUCAGCGGCAACAGCAACGGCGAUGAUGAGAUCCUAAGCACUGAAUCGUUCCAAAAACCUUUGAUCGCUCUGGGUAUCACGGUCAUUCUGAUCCCAGAUUCCGCCGUCUUUGCGCUCAUGUCUCGGGUUAACAAGGUGAUCCUGGGAACUCACUCCGUUCUUGCCAACGGUGGGCUGGUUGCAUCGGCCGGUACUCGGGUUAUUGCUCGAGCGGCAAAGGUGCACCAGACCCCUGUGGUGGUUGUGAGCGGCGUGUACAAGCUCAGCCCUGUGUACCCCUUUGACUUUGACUCCCUGAUCGAAUAUGGCGACGCCAGCAAAGUGAUCAGCUACGAGGAUGGGGACUUGGUGGAUCAGAUCGAUGUCCAAAACCCGUUGUACGACUAUGUCCCAGCGGAGCUGAUUGACCUCUAUAUCACCAAUUUGGGAGGUCAUGCGCCUUCUUUCCUCUACCGUAUUGUGUCCGACCACUAUCGCAAGGAGGAUAUCAAUUUCUAAGCACCUCACCGAAGAGAAAAGUACGAAGAAAAAUGAAUGGGAACUGGAUAUUCAUAAAAGCACGGUUGCACAAGGGCGUAAGGAUUGUAAUAGACAAAAUAUGAGGACGAUACCCAUGGGUACAACAAAGGCCCGACUCGACACGUAGGUUACCCUAAGAGGAAUAGUAAUGAACUAAAAUCAUGUGGAUAUAUAUGUACGAAU